UCAGCCACAGCGCGGGCAACCCAGCACAUCCACAUCUCGUUACCCUGGAUCUUUAAACGCUUGGGGGGCACUGCGUGCACCAGCCGCCGAACCGCGAGUGUACCCCAGCCAAAAUCGGCGCCAGCCACCACCGCCGUCGGCGCCACGAGACCAGCGUCGUGUACCGACGACGAGGAAGACACGGCCGCGGAACAAUUACCCACAAUCUCGACGAAGUUAACAACUCCAUCACAGGGAGGAACACCCCCUGAGCAACAGUCUUACCCUGAUGGCAGGGAGAUUAUCAGGCAGUCCAUGGUGAGGCGAGGAAUUCCAAGUGUCUCUAUCGAUAUAAUGAUGGCCUCCUUCUCAUCAAAUACUCUUAAUCAAUAUAAUAGUUCACUAAGGUCAUGGUGGCUUUAUUGCAAAGAUAAUAAACUAGAUUUCUGUGAUUCCAAUAGUACAAUAUUACUUCAAUAUCUGACUGAAAAAUUUAAUUUAGGUGCUAGCUACAGCACACUGAACAGCCAUCGUUCAGCGUUGUCUAUACUAUUAGGUCAGGACGUGACAUGUAAUGAUAAUACUAAAAGGUUUUUCAAGGGUGUUUACCGGUUAAAACCACCUCUAUCAAAAUAUAAUGCCACCUGGGACCCAAAAUUGGUAUUAGAUUACUUAUCAAAUUAUUUUCCUAACGAUUCACUAACAUUAAAAAAUCUAUCACUUAAAACUAUAACUCUGCUUGCCUUAGCGUCUGCUCAAAGAAUGCAAACACUUAGUUUAAUUAAAAUUAAAAACAUUACAUUUGACUCAGAGAAAAUAAUCAUAAAAAUUGAUGAUUUGAUUAAAACCUCUAGGCCUGGUAUCCACCAACCACUGAUUGUGUUACCAUACAUAAAGGAGAAUCCUAAAGUUUGUCCAGCUGUAACUCUUAAGCAUUAUAUAGAUAAAACUUCAUUUCUACGUCUUCAAGAAGAAUACAUUUUUAUUAGUUAUCAAAAACCACAUAAAAGAGUGUGUUCGCAAACGUUAUCGCACUGGGUUAAGCUUAUCUUAGAACAGAGUGGCAUAGACACAAAAUUGUAUGGUGCUCAUAGCACGCGACAUGCGUCCACGUCCGCUGCUCACCGAAAGGGUGUUAAUUUAGAAGUUAUCCGUAAAGCCGCAGGCUGGUCUGAAUCCUCUCAUGUAUUUCUAAAAUAUUAUAAUAAAGAUGUAUCAACUUCAACAGAAUCUGAAUUUGUAAAUGCAAUUUUUGAAUGAUUGUAAUAUAAGAAUUUGAUUUGUAAACUUUUGAAAUAUAAGGCUGAUUGAUCGC